AUGAAAACUUUUGCGUAUCUUGACAUUCGCGUAGGAACGAGGGAUACUGGAAGGAUAGUCAUUGAGCUUGAUUUUGACAAUGCCCCAAAAACCUCUAAUAGUUUUUUGCAGCUUUGCGUGAAUAAGUUUUACAAGAAUACCUGCUUCCACAGAGUAAUCAAGAAUUUUAUAAUUCAGGGCGGAGAUAUAGAUCACAAGAUAACAUGCCAAGAUGAAUAUCCUCCCGACACUUUAGGGAAAGGUGGAAGAAUGAUUGACACAAAUAUGUUUUAUGAAGAUGAAAAUCUAAGAGCCAUAGACGAACCGUUUUUGGUUUGUCUGUCCAAUAUGGGUAAUGUCAAUUCUAAUAACUCACAAUUCUUUAUCAACACCUUAGCAUCUCCUCACUUGACAGGAAAACACACGGUUUUUGGGAAAGUAAGGCACGGAAAGUCUGUUGUUAGAGAAAUCGAAAGAGUUCCCGUUAUGAGCAGCAAAAGUGGCGAUUCACAGGCUUGGCUACCAGUCAAAGAGGAGAUCGUUCUCAUUGUCGAUUGUGGAAAGUGGACCGAUGGUGACCCUACUCCAUGUUAUAAUGCAUGCUACGACUCUAUUGGCGGAGACAUCUAUGAAGAGUACCCGGACGACAACGAAGUUGAGGGUCUUGAUCUUGAAAAUCCUGAGAUAACCUACAAGAUUAGCACUGUCAUAAAAGAGUCAGCUUCAUUGCUCUUUAAAGAAAAAAGAUUGCGAGAUGCAUUUCUCAAAUACAAAAAGGCUCUGCGGUACUGUAAUGAGCUGAUUCCCGAUCAAGACUCGGACCCUGAAUAUUACAAGAAAUUCCUAAAUCUUAAAAAGUCGAUAUACCUCAAUCUGGCAUUAGUGGCACUUCAAAUGAAUGACUAUCAGACUACAAUUGAUUAUUGUGGGUAUCUAUUAGACAUGGACAAGAACGUCCCAAUGACACAAACACAAACGUCAAAGACAUUGUAUCGCUUAGGUAUGGCCUACAGAGGGCUUAAGAAUUUUAAGGUCGCUUUGGAAUUUCUUCAAAAAGCCAGUUUACUAUGUCCCAAUGAUCAGGGGAUAAAUAGCGAGCUAUGCAAGGUUCAAAAUCUUGUAGAAUACGAGAAGAGAAAUGAGAGACAAAGGUUUGCCAAAUUUUUCAGUUAG